AUGGAUGCUAACAAUUUAGUAUUUUACUUUGCUCUUGGAGCUUCAGGAAGUGAUCAGAUUAAUUACGAUAAGAUUUCAGACUCCCAAGAGCAGUCGGAUUACUCCUCAUUUGUCAAUCAAGCCCUCACAAUCCUGAAGAAAAGGGAUAAAAUUGAACUAGGAGUGGAUUUUAAAUAAGCCGUCAUCUUUUGGAACAUGGUAUGCAACACAGUUUGCUGCUCUUACCACCAUCAUACUAACUGAUAGCAGGCUUGAUCCUUCUGCUGCAAAGAACAUGCUUGAAGAUUUUGAGACACAAUUGUUAGAAAAGAAUUACGGCUUUUGACAUGAUCCUUCGCAGGAUGUAGAUACCAAAGAGAUAUCCGAAAUUAUUAACAAGCUUUCUGCAGAGCAUGGAAGCGAGUUUAAUAAAGUUGAGCUUCCUUCUAUUGAUAAUCAGCAGAAUUUUGAAAUUGAGGAAGUUAAAGAGAGUAGCUUACAGAAAAUGGAAAAAAUACAAAAAUUUACUAUAGAUUCUUCAAAGGAUGAUUUAGAGCAACCUCAGCUGGCCCAACCAGCAGCGAGAACUGCAGCUCAACUAUAUGCUCAGAAGAGAAAUGCUCGUCUUCAAAAGGAAAGCAAUCAGAACAAGAAAAGAGCGGUGAUCUGUAUUGUAAUUGCCAUCAUUGUUCUCAUCACAUUAGUGUGGCUACUCAUGUAAGGUAAAAAGUAAUAUUGAUGUUAAUUUUCAGUACUUUA